AAAGAAUUCCUCGUCCGCUCCCACACUUUCCCCAGGCACGAGGAGAUACGGAAGGGCCCCGAGGCGGGCGGGGCCCCGCCCCGGCCCCGCCCCCGUGACAUUGCCAGAGUUAAUUGGGCCGGAACCAUGACAGUUCCCGUUGCCACAGCAACCAGGGCCGGGCUCCCUCAGCACUGGAGAGAGGCUUCGGGCCCGGCUCAGGGGCCUCGAGAUCGGGCUUGGGCCCAGAGCAUGUUCCAGAUCCCAGAGUUUGAGCAGAGUGAGCAGGAAGAAGACUCCAGUCCUGCAUAUAGGGGCCUGGGCCCCAGCCCCACAGGGGCCCAGCUGGGCCAGCACCGGAGGACGUCCCCAGACCUCCUGGGAGUAGCUGGUCACCAACAGGGGCAGCAGACUGGCAGCAGCCACUAUGAAGACGCCGGAGCAGUGGAGACUCGGAGUCGCCACAGUUCCUACCCCACCGCGACCCAGGAGGAUGAAGGGACGGAGGAGGAAGAACUCAGUCCCUUCCGGGGCCGCUCGCGCUCAGCGCCCCCCAACCUCUGGGCUGCACAGCGUUACGGCCGCGAGCUCCGGAGGAUGAGCGACGAGUUUCAGGGAUCCUUCCAGGGACUUCCUCGUCCGAAGAGCGCGGGCACCGCGACGCAGAUGCGGCAAAGCCCCAGCUGGACGCGUAUCAUUCAGUCCUGGUGGGAUCGGAACUUGGGGCGAGGAGGCGCCGCCCCCUCCCAGUGACCUAACGGCCUACUUCCCGAAACUCCCCGGGCCUCGCGGCGGCCAUCUUGAGCGCGGGCGGAAGUCUCCCUCAAAGCGUCUUGUCGUGUCCGGAAGGAGGCGGUCUGACCCAGAGCCCCAUUCUCUUCCGGCGCGCGCCGGGCCGCGGAGGCGGGGCCCCGUCGGAAGCUUUGACGUUGCAGCCCGUCGCCGCCGGAAGUGGCUUCGGGGUCCCGCCCCCUGCCGAGGCCGCCCCAAGGCGCCUGCGCCAAGCUUGGAGCCUGGACGACCCCCGGUUCACCGGGAAGCCCUGCCUUCUCCCGGCCCCUCGCCUCCGCGGCGCGGCCGCGGCCGCCGCUUGGGGCUGAUGGCGAAUAAAGGCCGCGUCCGUGCCGCCGAGUCUCCGCUGUCCGUCGCUUGCGGCCCCGUGGGCUCGGGGGGCGCUGGCGCUGUAUCAAGUGGGGACCCCGC